AUGAUCUGUUUAUCUUUCUUUGUUACAACAUUACAGAGUCCUAUGGACGAGUCGUUCACAUCCUCCCAUCUGUCGGGAAGUAGUAACACCAUGCUGGAUACCCUGAGCCACCCUGAAAGCCCUGGGUCACCUUCCUCACCUCUUUCACCAGGGUCGACACCACGCCAUAUGAUGUCACCAAACCAAUGUCACACCGUGAUUCUCUUCAGCACACCUAUCGCAGCCAUCUACAUCGACGGCAAGGAGCGGUUAUGCCUCGCCCAGAUCUCCAACACACUCCUCAGGAAGUUCAGCUACAAUGAGAUCCAUAAUCGCAGAGUGGCCCUUGGUGUCACCUGCGUCCAGUGUACUCCAGUCCAGCUGGAGAUGUUGCGUCGUGCCGGCGCCAUGCCCGUCAGCUCCCGCCGAUGCGGGAUGAUAACCAAACGUGAGGCUGAACGACUGUGCAAGUCGUUCCUGUGCGAAAGCCGGCCGCCGAAGCUCCCUGAGAACUUUGCCUUCGAUGUCUACCAUGAAUGCGCUUGGGGGUGCCGAGGGGACUUUGUGCCAUCACGGUACAACAGCUCAAGAGCAAAGUGUAUAAAGUGUUGCUAUUGUGGCUUGUACUUCUCUCCGAAUAAGUUUAUCUUUCACACCCAUCGCAUCGCCGAAUCCAAGUAUCGUCCUCCCGAUGCAGCGAAUUUUAAUUCCUGGAGACGACACAUCCAUCUGAUUGAUAGAAGCCCAGACGAAGAUCUCCUGCAAGCUUGGGAGGACGUCAAAGCAAUGUUUAAUGGUGGAAGUCGCAAACGAUCUAACCCACCGUCCUCGCCAUCUCAAGCUCCAUCCCUCCAAUCUAGUGAUCCUAUCUCGUCAAGUCCACCUAUGACAAAACGCAAAAGACAAUCAUUAAACUACCAAGAUUCAGAUCCUGUUGUUCAGCUCAGGUCAAAUUCAAUUGAUCCCAGACUUGACUACUUUCUAUCUACAACAACGCUUGGUGGUAGCAACAUCCACACACCACAGGCGAACCGACCAUCUACCCCAUCGGUGGAAGACACUUCGAUGACAGCGGCCCAGCUCUACGCCAACAGUACCGCAAAACUCCGUCAGCAGUUCUCAGCGCACGCGUUUGCGAACAGAAACUUAUAUGCAGAAUAUCUAUCUAACGGUGGAAAGCUCCCGUACCCACUAGCCGCAUCAUUCUGGCCGAAGACACCAAGUCUAAUGCCUCCAAUGGCGUCCCAUUUCCCGAGAGAUCUUCCCCCGUUCGACUUGAAAGGCUUAGCUGAUCAGCGUGUUCAUUCUUUAAGCAAAGACUCUUUAGCUCUUGCGGACAUCGAAGGCAAUUCCAGAGAUGAUGAGGCACUCCGCGAUCUUGAGAAUUGGGAGAAGGCUCGUUUCUCUCUUGCUGAACGCCAUUUUAAUCUCAGAGACAUUAAGAUCCCUGGUAAACCGGAAUUUCACUAUGGAUCGGCUUUCCGCCCGGUCAUGGCUAACGGGGUUGAGAUGUCCGACUCAGCCAUGUCUCUCCGGUCGCAGUCAGGAGAUUCUUCACUUCGCGGCGACGCGUCCUCGUUCAUUCACCACAUCGCAAAACAAUCCUCCCAGUCCCACGACCAAAGUCCAGCGGAUAUCUUUCGCAUAAAGGAAUCCUUUCCUACCCGAGAUCACCCCGCAUCAGGUGGCUGUUCAACUAGACCCGCCGACUUCGCCAGGUAUUUCCUUGACGACAAGCCUUGGGGUCGCGAAGCAAGGGAGGGGAACGCUUUUCUUUGGAGACAGCAGAGAGAGAAAAGACUGGAUGAUCUUCUCUUUCGAGUAGCAAGGAAAGAGUGCGAACGCAAAUCAAAGAAUGGAGAAGCGGGAGAAGGAAAGACGGAUCAUUCUUCUGUCAUCCAGGAUGCAGAGGCCAGUACAUCUUGUGAGUCACCGGAUUCGAAACUUGAGAAUGCAGAUAUCAGCGGUGGAAUGGCAGAGAUGGAAGGCGGGAAAGCAGACGACAUGCGGCCUAGAAAUUGCUCCUCCGCAGAGGGUCACGUGACAAAUGUAAAUCGAUCUCCAUCACCGGAUGUCGACGUCGAUAUCAUUCACAAAGAAGUUAUGCCAACGACAAGCAUUCCAUCUGAAGCUGAUAUCCAACGGAACAGCCAAGGCUGCAGCUGCACCACACGACCGUACAUGCCCGAGAAAGAGGGCUUCUCGCCUUAG